AUUCCCCCACAUUAUCCGUUUCGAUAUUUAACAGACCACAGCCAAGCAAAUCUUUUGUUUUCUCCCACUUAUCCAUAUCAUGAUGUGCAUAUGAUAUACUGAUACUUGUGUAUGUUUAUCUUCUUCUUACAGCUUACAAAAAUGUUGACAUUCCCACUUUGUGGUUGCGAGUUAUCUUCAGAAUCCAAGACUCUAGCGUUUGCUGCUCCAUUGGUUUCUAUCUCGCAUACCAAAAGACAGAUUGUGCUGGGACGGCGCGAUUCCGUCAAAGUUUCUGCAGCAAAAUCCGGAAAUUUCUCGCUUGGUUCGAUAUUCAAAAGCUGUGACACUUGUGGAGCCAAAGGAGCAAUUGAAUGCCCCGGUUGCAAGGUAGAAAUAAGAAGAAUGGGAAUAUUUUCGAGAGGUGGAAUGGAAAUGUGUAGAUGUUUUGAUUGCCAAGGAUUCGGUAUGAAGAGCUGUCCUAAAUGUGGGAAGGGAGGUUUGACGCCAGAACAGAGAGGGGAAAGAUAGAAGAACUAUACUACUUGUUUUUAAUAAACAUGUACCUAUUUCCAUUACUUUUUAGUUGUAUAACUUGCAAGAUAUACUAAAAAUUAGGGAGAAUUGGAAAAACAAGACACUUUUCUUGUUUGUUUGUCCAAAUAAGACUUUUGAUACUUUUGGUCA